GAAAAUCAAAAUUUGAAAUAAUCCUCCGUCAUCGUCUGUCUAGUGUCUACCCUCCACAGCACAGUGACAGUCACACAGCAAAGCAUCUACACCUUCCACUCCCCUGCAAAGCAAUUGUCUCUUCUCCCCAACGCAGAAGACCAAAAAAAUGCUAACCCUAAACGUCGUCGCGCCUCCCUCCAUAUUGCCAAAAUUUUCAGCUCAACCAUCUAAGCAUCAAUUCAAUUAUAUCAACUACCGACUUGCAAAUACAGGGAGAAGAAAGCUUAAGGUUUCGAGACUCAGGUCUAACUUUUGGGAGUCCAUAAGAUCUGGGUAACAUGAAUUGGUUUAUUUUUAAUUAAUUAAUUUAUCUUGUUUCACUAUCUAAUUGUGAUUGUGUUAUGUCCUAAACCAAUCCUGGGAAUAUAUUUCACUUUGAUUCCGUAUGGAAUCCUGUAUGUUUUGAUUAGGAAAACGUGCUUGUUGUGUGAAUUUAUGAUUGCUAAUUGAAAGUUUUGGAGAGUAAAAGAUUCAAUGCUUAUGGUGUCUUGUGAGGUUGUAGGCUACUGGGCAUUGUGUGUUGGGUUCUUGAAGGAUAAUUCGACGCAAGUUGUGGAAUCACCCUCUACGCUCGAAGAAGUGGAAGAACUACAGCCUGAAGAGUUUGUUCUUGUGGAAAAGACUGAGGAAGAUGGAGUGGUUGAGCAAAUAAUAUUCUCUUCUGGUGGGGAUGUUGAUAUUUAUGAUCUGCAGACCCUGUGUGAUAAGGUGGGCUGGCCUAGAAGGCCACUGUCAAAAUUAGAUGCAGCUUUAAAAAAUAGCUACAUGGUAGCCACAUUGCAUUCUAUACGGAAAUCACCUGGAUCGGAGGGGAAUGACCAAAAGAAGCUUAUUGGCAUGGCUCGUGCUACAUCUGAUCAUGCCUUCAAUGCUACAAUCUGGGAUGUUCUGGUUGAUCCUAGCUAUCAGGGCCAAGGCCUUGGUAAGACACUUGUUGAAAAGAUUAUUAGAGCUCUUCUACAAAGGGACAUUGGCAAUAUAACGCUAUUUGCAGAUAGUCAAGUAGUAGAGUUCUAUCGGAAUUUGGGAUUUGAACCUGAUCCUGAGGGCAUUAAAGGUAUGUUUUGGUACCCAAAGUACUAGUUCACUGGGGUGAGGACAGGCUUCUUUGUGCUUGAAUGUAACUGAUUCAUCUUGCAAGAUGCAAUGGUACAAAGGACUUUAGAGAGGAAAUCUACUUGUAACCACAUCACAUGUAACUGUAAUUUGAAGCUUUCGCGAUUGAUUGUCAUGUAUGUCAUGGAAAUAUGAGGCGGUUAACUUUCCACUGUUCAAGAACAGUUGAUUUAUUCCUACAUCCUGUACUUUAUUACCUUGCUUAAGAUGACAACUUCUCCAAUUUGCUGUUGUAUUGUUUUGGCGUUCACUAUCAGAUACUGUAAUCCGUCAAAGAACACUAUUUGAGUGAUCUCAUAUCAAAUUGUCUUAUUACAGCAACAUUUAUCUUA